AUGCCAACCAACUCCAACACCAACACCAACUCUAACUCACCGAAGAUGAAGAUGAAGAUCAAAUACUACAUCCGCCCCGGCCUAGAGGUCAAUAGUUCUUCGCACAUGUAUUACACCGCUUCCCCUUCUACAGCAACACAAGAUCAACCACAUCCACAUUCACAACCACAACCACAACCACAACCCGCCGCCAACAUGAACAUCAAACAACAGAAACUCCGCCUCCACCGCGUCAAACUCUCCCACCUGCAAUCUCUCUAUCACCACGCCCCUUCCACUUUCAGUUCAAAUUCAAGGUCAAGCUCACGUCCAAAUUCCAAUUCCUGGUUCGACUCCUACCUCGAUUGGAUCGACCGAUUGGAAGAUGCCCUUACCCAUCAAGCUUCCCAGGCCCUCUCCCGCUCCCAGCAGCAGCAGCAGCAGCAACAGCCACAAACACCCACCACAGCCCUACCUUUAUCACCAAUACCUCUAGGUGGAGUUCAGGGGCAGAGGAACGAUGGAAGUAGAAACGAAGAGGGGCCAUUCACUGACUCAGGCGAAAAAUCCCUCUGGCUCGUCGAGGGACUGUUACUAGCCAGCUGGUUAUCGCUGCAAGAAGGGGUGGAGGGGGUUGAGUAUUUACCGCUUUGUUCGAUUUCUUCAGGGUCAGAAGGAGAUAUGGGGGUUUAUCGGUUGGAACAAUUCCUGCACGAGGGGAUGGAAGAUGAGAGAGUAGCUAUGGAGGAUUUGGAUGUGGAGAGGAAGGGGAAUGGAAAGCCUGGCAACAACGCGGGGGAAAUGAUGGGGCGGUUGUUGGAGAUUAUUCGAGGAGCUGCCGGAGAUGGAGAUGGAGCUGAGGAGUGA